GAAAGUUGCAUUAGGCUUUGUAGCCUAUCAUCAACCCUUUCUGUCCUGACAACACUUACAGUGUAAAGUCUGCUUGAGUCCUUGAGAGAGGAGAGAGAUUUUCAGAGAAUCAUCAAAUGCAAGUCAGAACCUGAAGGCAGUGGCCCCCGUCGUUUCUUCAUUCGUAAUGUGGAUUUUGUACCCUAUGACUCUCCACCUCAUAUUCCUCUUCCUGGGCUUAUUUGGUGUGUUUGGUGAUACAGAUGAAGUGAAGUCAGUGUCAGUGAAGAAGGGAGAUCAUGUUACUCUUCACACUAAUGUUACUGACAUACAGAUAGAUGAUCACAUAAUGUGGAUGUUUGGAGAUGAAGGGGAUCUUAUAGCUGAAAUCUAUAAGAAAAAAAUUCGUAGGUAUAACAUUAAAAUGUUGUUUGGAGACAGACUGAAGCUGGACAGUCAGACUGGAUCUCUCACCAUCACAAACACCAGAAUCACAGACUGUGGACUUUACGAACUAAGGGUCUACAGCAUCAAAAACUCAUUUGAGAAAUACAACGUUACUGUCGAUCAUCCUCUGCCCAUUCCUGUCAUCACUGGUAACUAUUUAUCAUCAAAAUGUGUUGUAAUGUGUUCAGUGAGUGUGACAGAUGUGAGUCUUUCCUGGUACAAUGGUAGCAGAGUAAACUCCAGCAUCAGUGUGUCUGAUCUCAAUCAAAACAUUAUUCGUCUGGAGGUGGAAUAUCAGGAUACAAACACAUACAGCUGUGUGGUGAAGAAUUCAUUUACCAACAAAACUACACAACUCUUCAUCACCGAACUAUGUGGUCGAAGCCAUAUUUUCAUUUUACUAGCCUUUGUUUUUGUUGUUGCUGCUCUUAUUGCUCUUGCGGUCUUUCUGUGUAUAAAACGGGGGAACCUGAAGGAGGCACCUAAGGCAACAGACCUAAUGUUAGGAAUCAUCAGAUACUUUGAGCAUCAUCAGGGUGAAUGA